CAUACGUGUAUGUACGUGUAUAUACAUACGUGUAUAUACGUGUAUAUAUGUGUGUGUAUAUAUUAUUGCUCUUCUGUUAAAGUCAACAAGAACUUAGAAGAAGUACAGUCUUUUAUUACGACGACACCAGCGACCGGCUCUCCUCAGCUCUGAUUCCUGAAGUCCAUCAAUGGAAGUGCUGAGUCAGCAGAGUUCAGCACUGAGCUCAUCAUGGGAUCCUUCAUUGACCCGGUUCAGUUCCAUCACACGGCCGUUGAGGUCAAGACACACUCUGCUCUUUUCACCGUCGUCAUUUCAUCUGAACACGUGACGCUGAUACACUCAACAUCCUGUAUUCAUACUGUCACACUGAAUAAUCUCAGCUCAACAUACGUGAGAUGGUUUUCAUGUGGUGUUUGUUUUAGUGGAUUCAUCGCUUUGUGAACGAACAAAAUGAAUCCACGACGUUCUCAAUCGAAUAAUCACUUUUGUUAUUCAUCAAGAAUUAAUACGACAGUUUUUGGGUUCAGCUUCUCAAAUUUGACUAUUUGCUGCUUUGUUUUAUGUUGUCACUCUGAUGGAGACUCUGAUCAGCUCCGUACAUUUUGGUUCAGACGUUCAUGCUCCCCACAGGAUGAACCCUAGGGACUAUGUAGAUGCAUUUGUAGAGAAGGAUUUAGUUUAGACCUAAAAGUGUAGAAGCUGUUCAUUUAAUUACCAUAAAACGUCACACAUUCAUACUCCCCUCAGGAUGAACCCUAUGCAGGACUUCAAUGCAUCCUCAUACAACGGUUCAUAUGUUCAUUUACGAAACGAUACACUCAGCUGGACUGUUUCAUGCUAAUUAGCAGGUCAAAGGUGAUACUUAACAUUCAUGCUGUAGAUGAUUGAUUUAGAGAUGUGAUGAGCUUCAUAGAUUAUAAUCACUCACAAAGUUAAACUUUAUUUCCUGGACACACAGAGAGGAUUGUAGCUCAGCUAUUACUUGACGAGGGAGGAUCUCAUUAUCAUUCAGUCGUGACCUCGUUCAUCACUCUUCAUUCCUCCUGUGUGUCCUUGGUAUCACAGCUGGACGGACACACACACACACAUAUACACACACACACACACACACACACAGUGCAGGAAAACAUGGCCGCCUGGCCUUUGUCAUCAUGACUUUCUGUUUCUGAAGACUGCAGCUGUCUGUCUGUUAAAGGUUUAAUGUGUAAUGUUGUGGAGUUCUGUAUUUAUAUGAUCACAGAUCUGUGAUUAUAAUCAAGGGGAUCAUCACGUCCUCUCCUCUUUGUGCAGCGUUGUGGUUCAUGAACUCACUUUUUAUCCAGUUAUAAUCUUUGUUGUUAUCUUAUGCAGACGUGUGAUGCUAAUGUUAGCUCAGCUUGUCUCUGUGUCUGUGUGGAGCUGAGUAAACACUACCAGAGCUUUAGAACCAGCAGUGGAUGAGUCCUCUGAAGACGAGCUCUGACUGUACGUCUCCUCCUGCAGAUAACAGACCCUGACUGCAGGUCUUUGUGGGCUUGUGAUGCGUCUCGCUGUGUGCGGUGGCACAGCAGUGUGGAGGUUAUGACUCAGCUCAAUGCACCACCUUUUACAGGAAACACUUCAGUGGUUUAUCUGAUGACAUGGUGCUGUAACAAAUACAAAUUCAACUUAUGGCUGAGACUUCCUGCCGCUGGCUCUCAGUGGGUUAUGUAACCCUGAAUAUUCUUCAUGUCGGUAUGUUUCUGUUCAGGUGUUUAAUCUCUGAAGGCCUUCAGGACGUGCAGCUGAUCACUGAAAUCACAAGUUCAUACCUCUCUGUCUUCUGCUUCAGACACGUCAGCAGGUUUAAACUUAGGAGAGCUUGUGAUGCUCGGUGCAGUUUGGUCUGGAGAUACGGUGGCCUUGGGCGGACAAAUGACUGAGGAGGCUUUCAACAUCAGACUGCAGGGCGAGAUGAUUAUUAUUAUUAUUAUUAUUAUCAUCAUCUGGUCUCAUGAUGAAGACAGGAAUCCAACAGUUGAAUAAGGCCUUGAUUGUUUUUCUAGAUUAAAUAAUGAAUUAAAAUAAAGGUAGGACAUUCAGAUCAUUAGUAAGUUAUCAGUACACAGCACUGUUAUUGUUGUUUGCACUGUUAGCAGCGUUAGCGGCUAGCUGCCGGCUCAGCCGAGCGGAGGCAAUAUGUAGGUUAGCAUGCUAACGCACUGAACUAAGAUGGUGAACUUGGUAAACCUGCUAAACUUCAGCUUGUUUGUAGCAUUACAAACAGCAUUAGCAAUUAGCAUUUAGGCAGAGCACUCCUCCCUUUAAUGGUUGAGGUUUGGGGAGAAGACAACACGUUUCUCAUGGAGCCUACAGCUUCACUCUGACAUGUUAUAUUCUUUCAAUUCAUCUAUCUGAAUGUAUAUACACACAAACACGUUCUCUUCACUCUUGUUGUUUUUAAUUGAAGACGUGUGAGGCCUGAUGUUCUCUUUGAGUUGAUUUUGGGGGGGAAUGUGUAUUUUUUAGAUUUCUCCAGGAAAUGAAUAAAUAACCGAGCAGAAGAUAUAUAAAUAUCUUUACUGUAGAGAAUGGUGUCUCACGACCUCCACUGAUCCAGAUUAACAUAAAAUAAGAGUUAGUUUUGGGUUUGAGGUUAGGAGAGAGAGACGGAACGAUAAAUGAAUCAACAGAAAACUAUUCUAAAGACGAAGAGAUUCAUCUUCAAGAUAAUUGUUAUUGAUUAUUUGAUAAUGAAAAUAAUCAUGAGUUGCAGCUCUUUACAGUUGACACACUUUUUAUUAUUUAUGGUGAAGUUUCUAUUAUCACUGUGGUUUCAUGAGCUUCAGCUGAAAGAGUGUGUGUCUUUUGUCUGAUUACUAUCUGUGUUCUUUGAUGGCAGUACAGGGAUGGAUGAUUGUUUUUGUUAAGGGUGUGGUGUGUUAAUGUUUUACCACUAACCGCAUCGUCUCACACACACACACACACACACACACACGCCCUGCAGUGUGGAGCUGCCACGUGUUUCAGCCGUUAAUCACGCUGAGAGUUUGAGUCAGAGCUGCUUCUCUCUGGGUUUCUUCCUCUGACUCAGGACUGUAAAUUGUUUUCUUCAAAAGGCUUUCUGUUGGUGUGAAACUAAUCUCUCAACAACCGUGUUCAUCUCGGGAUUCUGCAGGAGAAUAAACAUCUCAAACAUCCAGAUUAAACAUGAAGCUACUUGCAGAGAAUUCUCUUCUUUAAUUGAACGCUCGAGUGCAAAAAUGAGCGCGACAGUUUCAAGAUAAAUGAUAGAGGAAAGAAAUGAAUAAAUGUUUCUGUGUUUAGAUGCAUGCACAAGACGGUAGUUAUAUUUAAUUACACUGGUUUAUUCCCACAAUCAGAAUUCUUAUCUAUUCAGAUUUUCUGAGAAAUUUGAGUUUGUAUGUUAUCAUUUUAGAUUGUGUCACAAUAUCUUUAAAUAUGAUUUCAUAUAUCAAGAUGUAUUGUCGUGUCAACUGAGACAAUCCUGUCCAUAUGUCUGAAGAUCUGUGUGUUUUCUUUAUAUUUGGUUAUAAAAAGUUACCUUCUCAUACCUCGUAUGCUCCUCUGAUGGCCUUCAAAGAAGGUUCUCAUAUCUGUCCCUGUUGUCUCCUCCGUCUCCAGCUCCUCCUGCUCAGUGUCUCCAUGGUGAAGUGGGCGGGGUCUGAUGUCAGCCCCUCCUCUCGUGGAUCCUCCCACCAUGCCCACCAUGGUUUCUAGGCUGCCCAAGUUCGGCUCGAGGCCCAAAUCCACUGCACCUUCCAACGGCGCUCAGACGGUUACGACCGCCGUCGCUGUCGCCGCUGCGAGCGCCGGCACCCGCCUCACCAACGGGUUCUACCACCACCCCGGCCCGGCGGGGGUCAACGGCGGCCUGACCGCGCCCCCGACUUCUGUCAAACAGAAUGGAUUCAUCCGAGUGCCGACUGCGUUCUCCAUGAAGUGGAGGAAAGAAAAUGAGACGGUGGAGGACGGAGGAGCCGACGGAGAGAAGGAGUGGAGACGAGGAAAGGGCGGGAAUCGCUCUGGUAACAACAUCCAUCAGUUUUACCCCCAACGGCAACCGGGAUCCCCACUGGUGUCGCAGCGGGACGCCAAGAAGACCACCACGUCCUCUGCAGGGAACCUUCCCGUGAAACUUCCCGUCUCUAGAGGCGGAUCUCUCGGUUCCAAACCAAGCCAAACCGCAUUCGGGCUAAACGACGGCAUGAAACAGACCCUGAACGGUCUCUCUGGAUCCAAUCGCAAGGGAGGAACCAACGGUUCUCUAAGACGACCCCACGGCUUCGCUCGUUCAGGUGGUUUUGGUCCCGGUUCUGGUCCCGGCUCUCGAUCCGGUUCCCCGCUCCAAAAGAAACCACCGGCCAGCCGCUGUUACUCCAGCGACAGCCUCGGCUCCGCGGCUGUGUCCGUCCAGCUCUCCGAGAGCAACCGAUUCCGGUCACGCAGCCUCACGCAGGUCCGACGGCAGCCCUCCCCCACCCUCGCCCCUUCUUCCUCCUCAAUAUCUCGCAACCCAACCGGGCGAGGAGCUUCCUCUGCUCAGACUCCUCCAAAAGGCAGCUUGUUGGUGAAACCCCCUGCUGGUACCAGCCAGACUCCUGAGGGAGGAGCCAGAGGAGGAGGAGUCAAAGUUCAAGGGAGGUCAGGGGUCAGCAUCCCUUCCCUCCUGCCCACCGCUGCCUUAAAGAAGCCCCUCCUCCUCUCCAGCCUCGGCCCCGCCUCCAAGCCCAGCGGCAUCAGCUAUAAGCUGUCACGGCCGUCACUCAUCAAGCAGUCCCGCCCCCUCCGAGUAACGACGGACAAUGAGCACGGAGGUGAACAGGAAGCGAACCGAGGACCGACGGCACGGAGAAGCUCAGUGGAGACGCCUUCUACCACAGAGACCAGUCCAGAGAGUUCGCCAGAGGCUCCAGAGAGGGAGGGGCUGCUGUCCCAGGAAGAGGUGUCCAUUGUGGGGGAGACGCUGGAGGACAUGUCCCUGUCCUCCAGCUCGUCUCUGGAUAGAAGCGACACCAGUCAGGAGUACAUGGACGACUUUGACAACCUCGGAAACGGAGGUGUGGCCAUAUUGCUCCUCUCUAAAAACGAGGAAGACGACUCGGGGCUCGACCAAUCGUGCGCCAGGUUUGACGAAGACGAGGUGGCUGUCGGCGGCGUCGCCAAGGCAGCGGGACUCUGUUUCCUUGACGAGGGCGUGGACUGGUCCGGGAUGACGCUGAGCGGGGAGCGAGGGGGGCACCAGCUGAGCCCAGUCCCCCGUCGGAGGAGGUCCAGUCAGCCGGACUACCACGAGCAGGUAACCAUCAGAUCAAUAAACACUUCUGUGACUGUCGUAUAUCACAUAAUCACAUUUAUAAAUAUGAUGCAGCAUACCGACCACGUAAGUCUCUGUUUCUGUGUCCUUCAGGACGUCCUGAACAACCUGGACUCGUGUGAUCUGGAUGAUGAUGACCUCAUGCUGGAUGAAGACCUCCCAGAAGACGCCUCGCUGCACAGCGAUGGAGACGGGAUAGCCCACAUGGCUCAGUGGAGGAUGAGACAGCUCUGCUGGGGAACACAGGACGUCCACACUGACAGUGAAAGUGACUUCCAGAGCUACAAGCUGACUGAGGAUUCUGGGAAUAAGAGGACGGACGUGAGCGUGGACAGCGACCUCAUCCUGGCCCUCUGUCCUCCGAGGUCUCCUGGUGCUCCUGGUCUGGGUCUGGAUGUGGAGGAGCUGGCUGAAGACUGUUCUGCAGUCAGAUCACAGCUGGAGUACCUGCAGAGGUUACUGCUUCAGGAGGUGGACGAGGACACUCUGACCACAGACGCUCUGAGUCCAGAGACCAGUGACUCCUCCCACAGCUCCAACACACAGGAUCUCCUGCAGGAGGUGCAGCACCUCAGAGAGGAGCUGAGAAGCCGAGACCGAACCAUCGCACACCUCACCCUGCAGCUGACUGUUCCCACGGCAACCACCAGGUGUCAUUGCCAGGAGACGAUGACGGGGGACAGGACGGACGGACAGACGCAGACGAGUGAGACGGAGAGAGAGAGCGCUACCCUCCCUCCUCUUCCUUUCCUCUCUCCUCCCUGGCAGUAUCAGCGCUCCAGUCCUUACAGGUUGAGGCCGAAGCCCAGCAUCCCCCCCCACCUCGCUAGAAAGAGAGUGGAAAACUUAGUGCUUUACUUCAGUGACACAGCGCGGUACGGUACCACCUUUUUAUAUCUUCCUCCGCCUCCUCCUCCUCCUCUUCCUCUUCUUCCUCCAUCUCCUCUUCCUCCAUCUCCUUCUUCCUCUUCCUCUUCCUCCCUCUGCCCUCCUCUUCCUCUCACUGCUGCAUCAUCUAUGAAUGUUGGACUCAGACACUCUGUCUGCAGUACUGCCGGCCGCCUCCAGAUGUCGCUGUUCACCUAUCUGGGUAACGUUCCUCCUUCUUUUCUCUCUUGUUUCCAGUCACAGAUAUUUCACCCCUCCAGCCAGGACGACCAGGAACCAGUGACGCUACAAGCUCCGCCUCCUGCUGACCCCUGCUCCGCCCCCUCCCGACCCCAGAUCCCCGCAGACCACAUGACCGAGGGAGGAAAGGGACCAAGGAAAGAGGAAGAAGGAGAGAGGAAGGAGAGGAGGAGAGCCUCCAACAGAUCCCUGCAGCACCCCCAGCCCUCCAAACUCCACUUCUUCACGUCUCAGAUCUCCAGACCGGCGUCCGGGCCGCUGCCUCGUGACCCGGAGAGCAACGAGGUCAAACUUAAAAUGGCGGCCUUCACCUCCGGCUUGUCCCGCCUCCCCAAACCAAAGAGCCACUGAGCCGUCGGCCCGUCGAUCCGCCUUCCUAACGCACAGCGACGACAUCCAGUCAGCCGCAGGAAUCCAGUGACGAUCGACUUCCUGUCUCCCUAAAUUCUGAUUCUGAGGUUGAAAUGCAUACACUUAAGUUAUUUAUUGUUAAUAUGUUGAGCACAGCAACUGAGAAUAAAGGUUUACACUCUUUAUUUUACAGGUCCCACAAUGAUUUCCUACAAAACUGUAAAUUCCUCCGUGAUGUUAUUGAUGGAGACGGCGUCCUACGGAGGUGUCAUGGAGGAACAAACAGUAAUGAAUCAGGUCUUUCUGUUUUCUGUUCUCCAGGUUUUGUCUCUUAAACACAUUUGUCUUUGAGGUCAUUACUGUGAUGAAGCUGCAGAUUUAAUCCACUUCAUAAAAACUCAGCUCCGUAGAUUAGUUUCCUUCUUCCUACAAGAAACACGUAAUAAGAUAUUAAAUCAAGAGCACAAAUUAUUCAUGUUUUUUAUUUCCUCCAUGAAACCUCUGUAGGACUCCAGCGCUACUUUAAAAUAAUUACCUCCAGUUCCUCACUGCAGUAAUGAAUAUAUUACCUUUAGAGAAGUUCUGUCAACUAUCUGUGAAAUAAAAUAACUCAAAAUGUUGUUUUAUCUCCAAUUAGUACAAAAUAUAUCCGUUAAGUUUCCACGAGAUUACAGGAAAUUACAGGACCAGUAAAAUACAGCCAAACCUUUUUAAACGAUGCUCUUUGGUAUUUAUUUACCUGCCUGACUGACUUCCUGUCUGACUGACUUCCUGUCUGACCUUAAGUCGACUGUGUGAGACUCGUGGAACAUCGCUGCUCCUCCACUCUUCCUCCUUCCCUUCUCCUCCACCAAGGACACAAGGACUUUACUCUCAAACAUCUCAGACCUGCUGCUCUACAAAACAUCUCUAAAGUCAGAAACGUUCUUCAUGAAUCGUCUCGUUGUCGCCUUCAUGUGUUCAUUUUGUGCCUCACAUCGGGUUUGAUUUCUUGUUUACUUCUAUGAUUCCUUUUUUAAAUCCCUGACGGAUCUGUUCACUGUGAACUCCUCUGGUCUUUGCUCCUGCAUGAGUCGAUCUAUGUGUCCGUCCUCUUCCUUAUAAAACGCUUCUAAAGCCUUUUAAAUAACUGUUAGAGAGAUGAUGAACGCUCACAGAAAAGGUCAAAGGUCUUAGUAUGGUUCUGAAGAACAAGUGGACUUAAAGUGACUGUUCCUUCUCACAGGAGAGCCAGAUGUCUGCUGCAGUACCACGCUAGUCCACAGGGGCCGCCAGAAGCAACACAGUGAAAGUAGCUCAUAGUACCUUUACGUAUUUCUAUUUAAGAGGGAAAAACUGUUUUUUAUGUCACUCAUUUAUCUGAUAUACUCAAAAUCUUAACUCCACCUCGGCCAACUACCACAUAGAGUGAACUUAAUAUAUGAUUAUUGAUGCAUUUACAUGCUUUCAUAUUAAUAAAACAUGAUCCAGCAGCACUAGCUUAACGAGUACUUUUACCGUUGUUACUUUGAGUACAUUUUGUUGCGGAAAUGCAGAAUGUUUUACUUAUUUUAAAGAUCAUCCUCACCUCCGGUCUGAGCGAUGCGUUCAGGAACACGUCGUACAAACGUGUUAGUUUGAAGCAGACGGAGACCUUUAACAAAAACAG